AUGAAAGAAAGGAACCAAAGGAUGGAAGAAGAAAUUAAGAAAUCUGAACUUCUCAACAAAAUAAUUAUCACUCCAACCAUUACAUCAGCCACAUCUGAAGUCGAUGGACGAUCCAUAUGGGUCGGCAACGUAGACUAUGGGGCUACAUUGGAAGGUUUGAAUAAACACUUCGAACAAUGUGGUGUCAUAAUGAGAACGAAAAUUCUACGUGACAAAAUUAGCGGCAAGUCUAAG